AUGACUGACAGCGUCAAUAAAAUGCCCGAACCUGAGAUCGGGGAGCAUCAGUCGGCAGACUCCAUCCAAGACCAAUAUGGUGAAAAGACAGCGGGGACCGUCGACGACCUGGAGACGUUCAAGGUCGCAGAUGGAGCCGUCAACUUCCGAAGUGUUGAAUGGAAACGAGCUGCUGUCAUCUUUCUCAAGAUUCAAUUUUCCACUGGAGUUCUCAGUCUUCCUGUUGCCGUGAACGCUCUGGGGGCCGUUGGAGGGGCACUCUCCAUCAUUGCGUGGGGCGCCCUCAACUUCUACACCGCCAUCAUCCUGGGCAACUUCCGCAAGAAUCAUCCGGCGUGCUACAGUCUCGCAGAUAUGGCCAAUGUGGUGGGAGGGGCCACAGCACGUGAACUCACCGAUGCCCUCUUCAUUGUGGCGUGGGUGUUGUGCGCCGGUGCCGGAAUUCUCGGAGUGUCCAUCGCGCUGAAUGCGCUCUCCACCCACGGCGCCUGCUCCGUCUGGUUCGGAUUCGUGGGCAUGAUCAUCACGGUGGCUACAGCCAGUCUUCGCAGAUUGUCCAAGAUCGGAUGGCUGUCCUGGGUCGGAAUGAUAUCCAUUUUCGUGGCUGUCUUCAUUGUGGUUGUCGGCGUUACGACUUUGGAUCGUCCAGCGGCUGCACCAAAGGAAGGCGAUUACGAGCUGGGAUUCAAAGCAGUUGCGUAUCCGACAUUCGUCGCUGGCAUCACGGCCUCGGCGACCAUUUUCGUCUCGUCCGCUGGUGCCUCUGGCUUCUUACCCGUCAUUGCAGAAAUGCGUCGACCUAAGGAGUACAAGAAGGCCCUAAUCUGGGCCUCGGUCUUCCUCAACGCGUGCUACUUGACCUUCUCCCUGGUGGUGUACGCCUACUGUGGCCAGUGGGUGGCCAGUCCCUCGCUCGGGAGCGCCGGACCGACUAUUAAAAAGGUUGCUUAUGGUGUGGGCAUCAUCGGUUUGAGUGUUAGCGCCUGCCUUUUCCUUCAUCUUGCGGCUAAAAAUCUCUUUGUUCGAAUUCUUCGAGAUUCCAGGCACUUGCAGACAAACUCUGUCGUGCACUGGAGUGUUUGGUUUGGCUGCACCAUCUCCCUUGGCAGCAUUGCCUUCAUUCUGGCCGAAGCCGUUCCCAUCUUCAACUACUUGAUCGCUCUGGAAGGAUCCGUCUGUUUUGCGCCCAUGGCUAUCAUCCUGCCGGGGUGGUUUUGGCUGUAUGACAACAAGUCGUUCCUCACCGGCACCAUCUUCCAGAGGUCUGCUUAUGUGGCCCACGUCGUUCUCGUCCUGAUCGGAGGCCUCAUGCUGGUCGGCGGGACCUAUGGGACAGUGGUGCAAAUCAAGGAUGCGUACGCCGCGGGAAUCAUCGGCUCCGCCUUUUCCUGCGCCGAUAACUCUGGCUCCGUUUGA